UCUCCUUUCAAAAAUGGAACCCAAUGUUUUCACUUUCCCCCUCAUCUUCAUCUCCCUCACGUUCAUAUUCCUUUUGCUGAAAUUAUUCAGUAAUUUCAAAGGGUUUAGAAGAACAAAGUUGCCACCAGGUCCAUGGAAAUUACCAGUAAUUGGAAGUCUGCACCACCUGGCAAAGGCUGGUUCAGCUCCACAUCAUGCCCUCAGAAACCUGGCUAAGAAAUAUGGACCUAUUAUGCACUUGCAGUUUGGUGAAAUUUCUACUGUCAUCGUAUCAGCACCUAGAGUGGCAAAAGAGGUGCUGACAACUCAUGAUCUUGCCUUUGCAUCCAGGCCAAAACUUCUUUCACCUGAAAUAAUUACUUAUAAUUACUUAGACAUAUCUUUUGCUCCCUAUGGUGGAUACUGGAGACAGAUGCGCAAAAUCUGCACCAUGGAACUCCUAUCCGCCAAAAAUGUCCGAUCGUUUAGCGAUAUUCGAGAGGAAGAGGCCUCGAUUCUCAUUGAAUCCAUACAAUCAUCUUUAUUUUCGCCCAUAAACUUGACUACUAAGCUCUUUGCAUUCUCAACUAAUGUAGUGGGCAGGGCAGCAUUUGGAGAUAGAUGCAAGAACCAGGCGGAAGUGAUACCACUGAUAAAUGAUUUAACCGCUACUGCUGGAGGUUUUGAUCUAGCUGACUUGUAUCCUUCGAUCAAAAUCCUUCAAGUCAUUAGUGGGUUGAAAUCCAAAUUGAUGAAGAUGCGCCAAAGAAGUGAUUGGGUCUUGAACGAAAUCAUCAAUGAGCAUAAAGAGAGGUUGGCAAAUAGAAAGAAAUUCAUUGGUGAAUCAGUAGAGGAAGAUCUACUUGAUGUUCUAUUAAGACACAAAGAGACAAGUGAUCUUGAAUUUCCUAUCACAAUCAACGGUGUAAAAGCUGUCCUUGUGGAUAUUUUCUUAGCUGGAACAGAUACUACUGCAACAACAGUAGAAUUUGCAAUGGCAGAAAUGAUGAGACACCCUAGAGUGUUAAACAAAGUGCAAGCUGAACUGAGACAAGUUCUUAGAGGAAAGGAAAUAAUACAUGAAACUGACUUACAGGGACUUCACUACAUGAAGAUGGUGAUCAAAGAAACUCUAAGGCUUCAUCCGCCUGCUCCCUUGUUACUUCCUAGAGUAUGCUCUGAGCAUAGAGAAAUUGAUGGAUAUGAUAUACACAUCGGAACCAAAGUAAUACUGAAUGCCUUUGCUAUCAAUAGGGACCCUGAAUAUUGGGAGGAUGCUGAGAGUUUUAAACCAGAGAGAUUUAACGACAGCAGUAUUGAAGUCAUAGGACCGAAUUUUGAAUUUCUCACUUUCGGGGGAGGAAGAAGGAUGUGUCCAGGCAUAUCUUUUGGUUUGGCCAAUAUUGAGAUUCUUCUUGCCCAACUACUCUACCACUUCGACUGGAAACUUCCCGAUGGGAUGAAGGCUAAAGAUCUAGACAUGACCGAGAUUCUUGGGACCACUACGCGGAGGAAAACCAAAUUGUAUCUGAUUCCUACUCCUCAUACUACACUUUCUUAAUCAACAUUACUGGUAGUCAAUGUUGAACUUCAAAUAAAGUAUCAGUACUUUGCUACUAUCUGAUUCGUCUCAUCCACUGUAUGUCUGCUUAUAUGAAAUGCAAUCCUAUAUGCAUCUAUAGCAUGUACUCAGUUCUAUAUUAUCCAAUCUCAAUGACCAGGAUAAAUUCGAUGUUAUUUCCAA